AAUAUAAUUGCUUCGUUUCAGAUAAAGUCGUGUCACGUCAAUUUUUGAAUUCUAUUUUAGUUGAAAAAUAUGUCUAUUUUCGAUAGUUUACCAAAUGUCGACAAUUUCCUAUUUUGCAUCAGCUUAAAAUGGGGAACGGUGCUCAUAGCAAUUUUGGGUAUACUGAGUUGUUCCCUCGGUGUUGUUUUUCACCAACAACACCAUUGCCUCGAAUUAGAAAGAUAUGCUGAUUAUAUAAAAUACAUUAAGUAUGUGAUAGUCAUAGCUGAACUAUGGCUUUUCGUUACCAGCAUUAUACUUUUAAUCGGUAUUUGCAUGAAAAAGCCACAAACAGCAACAUGGUUCAUGUACGCGGCAGCGUUCACAGCUCUGACAGUGCUCGUGCUAACCAUUGCUAUUGUCACGUUGACGAAGAUGAGCAUGACCUGCUCCGUCCCAAUUGCACAAACAGUAGUGGCUGUUGUUGGAUUAUUAAUUUGGGUGUACUUGAUAAUCGUUGUGAAGAGUUAUCAAAAUGAAAUGUAACUGAAAGGUAAAAAGGCAGUACAAAAUGACUCGCACUGCUAAAAAUUUAAAGACGAAACUUUUUUGUCAAUUCAUUAUUUUUCAUAGCACACAAAAGUUUUUAGCAAUAAAAACGUUACCAAUUGC